GCGGGGACCGAGCCGCGCCGGGGACAGUGCGCGGCCGAGGCUGGCUGGCGGCGGGGGUCCGCGCGGCCCGGGGGUGGGGGGUAGGACAUGACGGUCGAGGGCGCGGGCGCGGAGCCCGGCGCGGCGCGGCUGCCCUCCCGGCUGGCCAGGCUGCUGUCGGCGCUCUUCUACGGAACUUGCUCCUUCCUCAUCGUGCUGGUCAACAAGGCGCUGCUGACCACCUACGGCUUUCCAUCACCGAUUGUUCUCGGAAUUGGACAGAUGGCGGCCACCAUAAUGAUACUGUAUGUGUCCAAGCUGAAUAAAAUCAUUCACUUCCCCGAUUUUGACAAGAAAAUUCCUGUAAAGCUGUUUCCUCUGCCCCUCCUCUAUGUUGGGAACCACAUAAGUGGAUUGUCAAGCACAAGGAAAUUAAGCUUGCCGAUGUUCACCGUCCUCAGGAAGUUCACCAUCCCGCUGACUCUGCUCCUCGAGACGCUCAUCCUCGGGAAGCAGUAUUCGCUGCACAUCAUCGCCAGCGUCUUCGCCAUCAUUCUCGGGGCGUUCAUAGCAGCUGGCUCGGACCUUGCCUUUAACUUGGAAGGCUACGUUUUCGUGUUCCUGAACGACGUCUUCACAGCCGCCAAUGGGGUUUACACCAAGCAGAAAAUGGACCCGAAGGAGCUGGGGAAAUACGGAGUGCUUUUCUACAACGCCUGCUUCAUGAUCGUCCCGACUCUCAUCAUCAGCGUCUCCACUGGAGACCUUCAGCAGGCUACUGAAUUCAACCAAUGGAAGAAUGUUCUAUUUAUCAUGCAAUUUCUUCUUUCCUGUUUCUUGGGGUUCCUACUGAUGUACUCCACGGUUCUGUGCAGCUAUUACAAUUCUGCCCUGACGACAGCGGUUGUGGGAGCCAUCAAGAACGUAUCCGUGGCCUACAUUGGGAUGCUGCUCGGUGGAGACUACAUUUUCUCCGUGUUAAACUUUGUAGGGUUAAAUAUUUGCAUGGCAGGGGGCCUGAGAUACUCCUUCCUGACGCUGCGCAGCCAGCUGAAGCCCCCGCAGCCUGAGGACGAAGAAAGCAGCCCCCCGGAUUCCAAGGGCUAGGCCCCCGCGCGCAGGCCAAGCCCCUGGAGCUCCCAGGAGCACGCAAGGAGAACUACCUCACGCCCCACUGCCCCGCGAGCCGUCCCGGAGCCCUUACCAGCUGAGAGCGAGGCUUUUUGAAAUAAGCCGCCAAGACUGGCGUCGACACGAGGGGUCUUCAGGAAACCCUGGUGAUUGGCAUUACCGUGAAACUCAGCAUAAUUAAAAAAAAUUUUUUUGUUUUUGGUACCCAAAUAUAAGGAUCCUUUAGAAGGUUUUUGGAAAAACCGAAUUAAAAGCUAAAUUUGUUUUGA